AUGUUUGCUCAGUAUUUCGUUUUGUUUGUGCUUAGUACGUGCACAUUAAUUUCAGCAAAUGAUGAUCUAUCAUCGCAGCGAUUUCGUGGUCACGUAUUGAAAACAAAUGAAAACUAUGAGGUAGUUACAGCAUUAGCAACAUCUUACAAAGAACCAAAUAAACUUGAGGAUCAUGUCUUGGCAACUGGAUUUUGGGAUCAAACCUAUAAUACAACUGGUUGGUCCGUAUUAGAAAUACAAACAUUAGAUAAUGAAACAAAUUUUGAUCAAGCUUAUUCAGCUGGAGUACUUGAAGGGCAAUUUUCAAGAGAAUUAAUUGGCUAUCAAUGGCAAAAUAAUAUAGACGAUAUUUGUACUAAUAAAACAGAAUUUUGUCAUUAUCUUAAACAAUUUUUUCUCAUUCAACUCGAUUGGAUGUAUACACAAAUUGAGAGUUAUCCAAAUGAUGAAUAUUGGCAUCAAGUAAAUUUACUUCUUAUUCAAUUAAACGGUCUUAUCGAUGGCUAUAACAAUACAUUACGCGGACCACGAAAAGAACUAGAUGAUCCACUUUCAUUUUUUCUAUUUCAAGUAGUCGAAUCUGUUGGUGAUCUAGCUGGACGUCUUAAAGUGCCAAACGUCCCAAAGCAUGAUAGUUGUUCAGCGUUAAUAAAAAUUUUACCAAACAACAGUGAUAUAUUCGUAUCACAUGCUGAUUGGAGUAAUUUUCGAACUAUGCUAAAAGUAAUUAAGCGUUAUUCAAUGCCAUUAAAACGAACACCAAUGGCAGGAAGUUCUCUUAUUCCAGGUGCUGAUACGAUCUUUUCAUCUUACCCAGGGACACUUCAUUCAGUUGAUGAUUUCUACAUGACACGUCCAGGUAAUAUGACAAUUAUCGAAACAACCAUCAAUAACAAUAAUGACGAUUUAACACAUAACAUAAUUCCCAUAUCGGUACCAGAAUGGAUGCGUGUUGUUAUUGCUAAUCGUUUAUCUGAUUCUGGUCAAGACUGGGUUAAUAAUUUUUUUCUUUUCAAUGAUGGAACAUAUAAUAAUGAAUGGAUGAUUGUUGAUUUUAAACAAUUUACACCAGGACAAUCGCCAAGAAAAGGAUUUUUAACGGUCGCUGAACAAUUGGUAACUAAUUUUCUGUCAGAAGAUAUGACGGAUACUUUAGUUAAUAAUACGUAUUGGGCAUCCUAUAAUAAUGUUUACUUCCCAGAAUUUCGAAAGUUAUCAGGUGAAGAAGCCUUGGUUAAACAAAAAGGUCCAGAAUUAUAUUCAUGGAAAAAUUCAUCACGAGCAAAAAUAUUUGAGCGUGAUCAUGUUACAGUUGUUAAUCUUACAACUAUGAUCCAUAUGAUGAGAUACAAUGAUUUCAAAAAUGAUCCCCUAUCAAGAUGUAAUUGUUCUCCGCCAUAUUCAUCGGAAUUAACAAUUGCUGCACGGUGUGAUCUUAAUCCAUCAAAUGGAACUUAUCCAGAUUCACCAUUAGGCCAUCGAAUUCAUGGUGCUACAGAUGCUAAAAUUACUAAUUACGCAAUGAUGCAAAACUUUAAUCUUGUUGCUAUUGCUGGUCCAACAUCAGAUACUCAACCUCCAUUUGUUUGGAGUGAAUCAGACUUUGAUACAAAAGUAUCACAUGUUGGUCAUCCAGAUAAAUGGAAUUUUGGACCAUUCACGCCAACAUGGAUGCUUCCAUGA